AUGGCUACCAUCAACAUCCGCAGCGAUAUCAAGGACCCCUUCUACCGGUAUAAGAUGGAGAGGCUCCAGUCCAAGAUUGAAGGCAAAGGAAACGGCAUCAAGACUGUCAUUGUCAACCUGAGCAGCGUCGCCCAGUCUCUCGCACGCCCUGGUUCUUAUGUCAUCAAGUACUUUGGCUUUGAGCUAGGAGCUCAGACCAAUAACAACCCCGCUGAUGAUCGCUGGAUCAUCAACGGUGCCCACGAGGCCUCCAAGCUCCAGGACUACCUUGUUGGUUUUAUCAACAAAUUCGUUCUCUGCAAGAAGUGCAAGAACCCCGAAACCGAAGUGGUUAUCAAGGACGGUAGUAUUGUCCUCGAUUGCAAGGCCUGCGGUGAACGGUCCGACGUCGACCUCCGCCUCAAGCUCAGUGGGUUCAUUCUUAAGACCCAGCCAAAGAAGGGCAAGAAGGACAAGGCCGAGAGAAAGGCUGCACGCAAAGCCAGAGAGAACGGAAACGGCGAGGUGAAAGAAAAUGGUAACGGCCACGGCAGUGGCGGGGAAAAUAUUUCUGAGAACGGAUCAAACGGCGACGACGUUGCCAUCGAGGCAGGCAGUGAUGAUGAACUCACUCGCCGAAUCAACGCCGAGGCUCAGGUGCUCGACGAGGAAAUCGAAGCCAAUGAUCAUGAGUGGACUGUUGAUAUGUCUGAUGAAGCUGUCAGAGCUCGUCAGAUGCAACUUCCAGAGGACCUCAAGCAGAAGCUCGUCCUCGGCGAUGAUGAUGAUGAAGAAGGUGAAAACGGUGGCAUCUCCAAGUAUGACCAGCUCGGCACCUGGAUUACCAGUGAGGUUGAAGUGAAGGGUGGAGUCGACAAGCUAGAUGAUGUUGCAAUCUAUCUCAAGGCUAAGGAGCUGGGUAUUGAGACUAAGCACCGUACCCUCCUAGUCUUGGUAUCGACCAUCUUCGAUGAUAACAUGGCCAAGCAAGUGGCUAAGCGUGCUGCAAUGCUCAAAAACGUUGGGACUUCCGAAAAGCACCAGAAAUCUAUUCUUGGAGGUGUGGAGCGGUUCAUCGGUCUCCGCGCCAAAGAGAAGCCAGAUAUCUACGAGCAGACCUCGAAGAUCCUUGUGUCCCUCUACAACGCUGAUCUACUUACCGAGGAUAUCAUCAUCAAAUGGGGCACUAAGGCCAGCAAGAAAUACAUUGAUAUCGCCACUAGCAAGAAGGUCCGAAAGUCCGCUGAGCCUUUCCUUCAAUGGCUUGCGGAGGCCGAGAGCGACGAUGACGAUGGAGACUCCGAGUAG